AUGCCUUACCCAGAGACCGCGACUGGCUUCAUGAUUGAAGACCAGAAGAAGUGGCAAGACUUCCAGAAGAAAGAGUUCAAGCUCAAGCCGUUCGAGGACCGCGACAUCGACAUAGCCAUCGACUGCUGCGGUGUUUGUGGCUCCGAUGUCCACACCAUCAACGGCGGAUGGGGCGAGUGCCCACUGCCCAUCUGCGUCGGCCACGAGGUCGUCGGCAAGGCCAUCAAGGUCGGCAAGGACGUCAAGACCGUCAAGGUUGGCGACCGUGUCGGUGUCGGUGCACAGAUUGGUGCGGAUUUGACCUGCAACAACUGCAAGGCCGACCAGGAGAACUACUGCCCCAACAUGAUCGACACCUUCGGAGCUCCGUACAAGGAUGGCACGAUCUCGCAGGGUGGAUACUCGAGCCACAUGCGUGCGCACGAGUACUUCACCUUCAAGAUCCCGGAGGCGCUUGAGAGCGAGGUUGCCGCGCCUAUGCUGUGCGCCGGUAUUACGGUCUACAGCCCUCUGGUCCGUCUCGGUGCUGGCCCAGGCAAGAAGAUCGCCAUCGUCGGUAUCGGCGGGCUCGGCCACUUCGCGGUCCUUUUCGCCAAAGCCCUCGGUGCCGAAGUCUACGUCUUCAGCCACAGCCCCAGCAAGAAGGAAGAUGCGCUGAAGAUGGGUGCGAAGGAGUUCGUCGUGACCAGCGAGGAGGGAUGGUACAAGCCGUACAACUUCGCUUUCGACUUCAUCCUCAACACUGCCGACGCCGUGCACAAGUUCGACAUGUCCAACUACUUCUCCAUGCUCAAGAUCAUGGGCCGCUUCCACUGUGUGGGUUUCGGUGACGAGCCGCUGCCUACCAUGAUGGCGCAGGACUUCGCACCAAACGGCUGCUACUUCGGCGCCUCGCACAUCGGCAACCGCCCCGAAAUGCUGUCCAUGCUUGACCUCGCCGCGAAGCAGAACAUCCGCAGCUGGAUCGAGAAGGUGCCGAUCAGCAAGGAGGGCUGCGCCAAGGUCGUGACCAACGUGUCCGAGAACAAAGUCCGCUACAGGUUCGUCCUGACGGACUACGACAAGGAGUUCGGCCAGCGUACUGCCUAG